AUGAAUAGAGAAGGUUUUGUUCCCCCAACUCAAUCAAAUUUAGCUGCUGCUGCUGCUGGUGUUUCUAGUUUCAAAAACUACGGAAUCAAAUAUGUCUGUGCUUCUUGUGCUGUUCCUUUUACUUUAGGUAAAAAUGAACCUGUUAGAUGCAAAGAAUGUGGUCAUAGAAUUCUUUAUAAAGCAAGAACAAGAAGAAUGGUUCAAUUUGAAGCUCGUUAAUCAAAUUUACAAUCAAUCAAUAUAUUAAUACAAUAAUACAAUAAUACAAUAAUACAAUAAUACGCUAAGAAAUUAGUAUGAUAAAUGGGUAAACUGGAAAAGAUUACUCAUCGUUGAUUCACUAUCCAUCCUUUAAUUAGUGCUUGUAAUCUUAAAUAAAUAGAUCUUUUUUAUUUUUUUUACAUGUUUUUGU